AUGACUGCUAGCAACACAUGUCACAACUUUCAGCAUGAACCGACAGCUGUCGUUUCAGUUCAUGCUCUAUCAUGUGGCCACUUUUCACUCCCAGAAUACCAGUUUGUGAAUCCUGCUGCACCUGACGCUCGUCGAGCUGUUCCUUCGUUGGCAUUCUUGAUUCAGCACGUGAAUCGGUAUACCGGAAAACGAACGCGACUCGUCUUCGAUCUUGGCUUGAGAAGAGACGUGAAGCGCUAUCCACUGCCAAUACAGAAACACAUCGAGACCAGGCAGCCAAUGACCACUGAUCCGGACGUUACCAAGAGCCUUGCAAAGGGCGGGCUUACACCAAAGGAUAUUGACUACGUAAUUUACUCACAUGUACAUUGGGACCAUAUUGGAGAACCUCGAGACUUUCCAGAUUCAACCUUCGUCGUCGGACAUGGCGCAGCUACUCUGCUCAACGACACUUCUUCUUCACUCCGAGGCAGCCAUUCCUUCUUCGAAAGCGACCUCUUGCCGGAGGGUCGGGCCGUGGAACUACCCGAACCUAUUAUCGAUCUUCAUGGGCCAUGGCAAAGUCAAGGCUGUCUCCCGGAAGUUCUAGACCUUUUCAACGACGGGUCCCUUCUGAUCGUAAACGCACCCGGACAUCUUCUCGGACAUAUCAAUCUUUUGGCAAGGACUUCUCCAAGCCAUCAGAUCUACAUGGGCGGGGAUGCCUGCCACGAUAGGAGAAUAUUGACCGGUGAAAAGGAGAUUGGCGAAUGGAACGAUGCACAUGGCCAAGUCUGCUGCAUACACGCCAAUCGGAAGCAAGCCAAGGAAACUAUCGAUAGAAUACGGAUUUUGGAGAAAGAAGGGGUUGAGAUAAUCUUUGCCCACGACACUGAGUGGGAAAACGAUCCGGCGAACAGGACUAGGUUCUUUGGUGCAGCGUAA